AUGGGCCUCCAGACGGCCGUAGUGACUUUGGCUGCCCUACUAUUGGUUCAUUCAAACGUAGACGCUCUGACCAGGCCCUCGUCGAUCAGACUGAAAAACAACGGUUACACAGGUAUCGUGGUUGCCAUUCACAGCAGUGUCGCAGAGAGUGAUGAACUGAUCGAACGGAUUAAGUACAUGUUCACCGAGGGGUCCAAGUACCUGUACGAAGCCACACGCAAACGCGCUUACUUCAAGGAAGUCACCAUUUUGGUGCCCAAAUCAUGGACGCCCAAGCCAGAGUACCAGUUGCCUGGCAACGUGACAUUCGACUACGCUGAUGUCAUCGUGGCGCCGCCCAAUCCUCGCUGGGCCCCGCUACAGUACACCAAGCAGUACCAGGGGUGCGGGGAGCAGGGAAUCCAUAUCCAUUUCUUGGAUACCUUCCUAUCAGAUCCCAAUACGGAAUUGUAUUACGGUCCUCUUGGUAAAUAG